AUGCAAGUUGAAUAUCCUGGUAGAGCCCAGAGUGAUUUUGCAAAAAAAAACGCUUUAGAGAAGAACAUGGAAGAUAAAACUGGAAAAUCAGAGCAAAAUGUUACCAAAGAUAUGAUUUUGGAGAAAAAUACUUCACAGACGAGUAAUUUGUUGAAAAUUUCUGAAGAAAUAGACGAUGAUGAUGAUGUACCUCUUCAGUCAAGAGUAGACAAAUUGAAAAAAAACCGCCAAAAUGAUCCAAUUGUAGAUCCGGAACUUUUAAAAGAUAUUGACAAGUCAAUUGGUACGGAUUUAACAAUGUCUCCACUACCAAGUGAACAAAGUGAGAACAUUCCUGCUACUAAUGCAACAACUAAGAGUGUGUCUGCUACACAUAACACAACUGACAAAGAGAGCAGGGAUGAAAGCAAGCAAGAAGAAGUUCAACCAAAAGUGCAAAGCAAUCCAGUAAAGAAUAGUCUUGGCCAAAAAAAACCCAAAGAUGAUUCAAGAAUAACAACAUUAAAGGACAAGAUGCAAGAAAUACAUUUAGACAUAGAGAGAAACCCAAAAAAGUACAAAGAAUCGACAAUCAGAAUUAUGAGAAAUCUCAAAAGAAUGGAAAAGGCAAGCAAGGAAAUCAGGAAAGGUGAAGCAAAAAAGAAAGAAAAAGGGCCAAUAGAAGAGAAAACUGUGGAAAAAGAAGUACAAGAAGGAAAAAAAGGGACUGAAAAAGAGAAAAGCCCUAAAGACAAAACUGUGGAAGAUGUCUUUCCAAAGACAACAAAUGUAGAAGAAGGACAAGAGGGAAAAAAAGAGCCUGAAAAGGAGAAAAUCCCUAAAGAGAAAACAGUGGAAGAUGAGUCUACAAAGACAACAGAUCCGAAAGCACAAAUUGCACCUGAUUUUGUUCAAAUUGAGGAUGAAACUUAUCUUCUAGAUCAAGAUGAUGAUAAAGUUUCCACAAAACUUAGUGAGGAGACAGCUCCAUCAUCACAAAAAAGUGAUCAGUCAACCAAAAUGAAAACAAGAUACAAAAUGGUUGCAAGGAAAAACAAAAACAAAAGCCUUGUUGUUGUGCCAAGUGGUAGAAUUACAAGGAGCCAAGGUAAUCAUAAUACUUUUCUGUUACACAAUAAAUAUUACACUUUCAAAUAUACUAACAUAAAUUUUUUUAAAAACAAUAGAUGUUCUGUUAGAUGA